CUUCCCUGCCUGCCGUCUCUCAACUUCUCUGUUGCUCUGCUCACCAGCCUGUUUACGUCUGCCAGAGACACACACACCUCUCUGCGCUCCGGUCCGGUCUGGCGGUCCACUGUUAACCUCCUUUAGCUGCUACUUUUCUUUGUAUUGGUUUUUGGAAGUGUUGGAUAUUUCCUGGUUUUUGUGAAUGGGCGGCCGAUGCGAGGUGGCUGUGACUGUGAAUGGACUGACUGACUGUCAGCUCUGGGUACACUAUUCUGAAGAGGCAAUGUGACAGGUCUCUGGACACCACUGGUAGACUCUGAAUUAUAAACAAACGGAAAGAAAGGAAUUAAGAAGAUCAGUGAGAGGAGAAGGAGAGUCGAGGAUGGGCCACAGUGAAGAUGACCUGAUUGGGAUUCCGUUCCCCAACCACAGCAGCGAUGUCCUGUGCUGCCUUAACGAACAGCGACGCGCCGGGUUGCUCUGCGACGUGGUGCUCAUCGUACGCGACCAGGAGUACCAGACCCACCGCUCGGUCCUCGCCGCCUGCAGCCUGUACUUCAAGAAGCUCUUCACCGUGGCCUCGGACGGAAGGGACAAGCACAGUGUGUAUGAGAUAGACUUCGUGGCCCCGGAGUCACUGACGGCCAUCUUGGAGUUCGCCUACACAUCUACGCUAACGGUGACGGCGUCCAACGUGAAAGACAUUCUUGGAGCGGCUCAGAUGUUGGAGAUCCCCUGCAUCGUCACCGUCUGUCUGGAGAUUAUGGACUCUGGCAAGGGAGGAGGAGAGGGAGAUGAGGAGGAAGACGAAGAGGAGGAGGAACAGGAGGAGGAGGAAGAGGAAGAGUCGAGGAAGGACGAGCAGGAGGUUCAUGAGGAGGACAACGCCAGUGAGUGGUCAACGAGGUCGUCAGAGAGUCAGGACCAGGCCGAGUCGGAGAGAGGAGCACCACCCAGUACCUCUCAGUACCAGCACCAGUAUGAGCUGCAGAGGAACAGGAAGUGCACAGACAAAGACUCUCAGUGUGAGAAACCCAGCCCGGAGCAUGAGCGCAUGGAGAGCCGAGCCCUCAAGGACUUUUCCAUUGAGUCUCUGCUACAGGAAGGGCUGUACCCUAAACUGCCAUCAGUCCUGGACAGGAGGGACAACUUUUCCCCUCUGCUCCCUGGCUUCUACCCUCCCAUGUGGGCUGCAGAGUUCCCAAGAUUCCCCCCGCAGGUCCUAGAUCCCAGCCACCACGCCCAGACCCCGACCCUCCACCGUUCCUCCCACCCUUCUCAACUGGACAACCGACCCUUAGACCUGGCCGUGAAGAGAGAGGUCGUCAAGGAGGAGCUGAAGGAGGAAGUCCCUCCCAGCAUGCUCCACAGUGACUUCCUGAAAGACUUAAUGACCUCCGGCCUGGGGGUGGGGGUGGUACGGUCCGAGGGGCCUCACCUCCACCCGGGUCAGAUAAAGCAGGAGGAAGACUUCCGCUCAUACCUGAGCUUCCUGAGUGCAUCAAGCCACCUGGGGGCACUGUUCCCUCCCUGGCAGAUGGAGGAGGAGAGGAAGAUGAAGCCCAAAGCAUCCCAGCAGUGUCCCAUCUGUAACAAGGUGAUCCAGGGGGCGGGGAAACUGCCCAGACACAUGAGGACUCACACAGGAGAGAAACCAUACAUGUGCACCAUCUGUGAGGUGCGCUUCACCAGGCAAGACAAGCUGAAGAUCCACAUGCGGAAGCACACAGGAGAGCGGCCCUACGUCUGCCUCCACUGCAACUCUAAGUUUGUCCACAACUACGACCUGAAGAACCACUUGCGUAUCCACACAGGGGUGCGGCCCUACCAGUGUGAGCACUGCUACAAGAGCUUCACACGCUCAGACCACCUGCACCGACACAUCAAGAGGCAGAGCUGCCGCGUCUCACGCCCUCGACGAGGCCGCAAGCCCGCCGCAUGGCGCUCAGCCAACAACUUCCUGCAGGUCCCUCCUGACUCGGCCAAUCACCACGAGGAUGGCAAGGGCGGCUGCCGGCUCCUGCCCUCUUCCCAUCGAGGCGUUAGAGGUCACGGUCUGGGCCUAGGGGAGAGAGAGAGACAGGCCCUGGGUGGUAAGGGCCUGGGCUAUAAGGACUUGGACAGUGACAGCAGAGAGAGCCGGGAGGGCAGGGAGGCCAGAGAGGGCCGGGAGGGCCGGGAGGCUAGAGAGGCCAGAGAGGGCCGGGAGGCUAGAGAGGCUCGGCAUCACCAGUCAGACAGGAAGCAUGUGGUUGACAAGGUGGAGCUGGAGAGACAGAGGGGCGUGUUCACCUUUGCCCUGGCGGGGCCUGGGGGGGAAAUCCUUACCCACCCUCCAUUUUACACCCCGACCCCUGACCCCUGGACCAUUAGACUGGAGAACCACGCCUCUCCCAUCCCUGAGCCGACCAACUGACACAGAUUAAAGAUGAUAGAACAGAGACAGUGCCAACUGACACCUGAACAGAGAGAGAGCCGGCCAACUGACACCUGAACAGAGAGAGAGAGCCGACCAACUGACACCUGAACAGAGAGAGAGCCGACCAACUGACACCUGAACAGAGAGAGAGCCGGCCAACUGACACCUGAACAGAGAGAGAGCC